GCUGUCAAACGUCAUUUGUUUUCUUUCAGAAUUAUUUUGGAUCAAAAACAUUCGUUUCCGAUCUAAAUCUGUUUUCAUCUUGAAUUUGUGAAGUGAUAUUUACGUGAAAAAUGGCUCUGUUCCCCGGAGCCGUCGCGUUCGACGAAUAUGGACGCCCAUUUAUCAUAUUACGGGACCAGGAUAAACAAAAACGGCUUACCGGUCUUGAUGCUUUAAGGUCACACAUCUCAGCGGCGCGCCAGAUCGCUGGCAUCCUCCGCACGUCUCUCGGCCCCCGCGGCCUGGACAAGAUGAUGGUGUCCCCCGAUGGCGAGGUCACUGUCACCAACGACGGCGCCACCAUCUUGAAGUUGAUGGAUGUGGAGCACCAGAUCGGCAAGCUCAUGGUGCAGCUGGCACAGAGUCAGGAUGAUGAGAUUGGUGACGGGACUACUGGUGUUGUAGUUCUUGCAGGCGCCCUGCUCGAGCAGGCCUCCAACCUCCUCGACAAAGGCAUCCACCCGAUCCGCAUCGCCGACGGCUUCGAGAUGGCGGCCGCCGCAGCCCUGGCCCAUCUUGAUUCCAUCAGCGAGGCGUUCCCAGUUAACAAGGAUACUAGGGAUAACCUCAUUAAAGUGGCCAUGACUACGCUCGGCAGCAAAGUAGUUGUCAAGUGCCAUAGGUUGAUGGCGGAGAUUGCUGUAGAUGCCGUGCUAUCAGUGGCGGACCUCGAGAAGCGCGACGUGAACUUCGAGCUCAUCAAAGUGGAAGGCAAGGUCGGCGGCCGCAUGGAGGACUCCCUGCUGGUCAAGGGAGUGGUGGUGGACAAGACCAUGAGCCAUCCGCAGAUGCCGAAAGUUCUCAAGGACGUGAAACUCGCCAUCCUCACCUGCCCGUUCGAGCCCCCGAAGCCCAAGACCAAGCACAAGCUGCAAGUCGGUUCAGCGGAGCAGUACCGCGAACUCCGCGCCUAUGAACACGACAAGUUCCUCGAGAUGGUGCGACGUGUCAAGGAAACCGGAGCGACCUUAGCCAUCUGCCAAUGGGGCUUCGACGACGAGGCCAACCACCUUCUCCUCGCCGAGGGUCUGCCCGCCGUCCGCUGGGUCGGAGGACCUGAGAUGGAGCUGAUAGCCAUCGCUACUGGAGGCAGGAUUGUGCCUCGCUUUGAAGAACUCACCCCGGAGAAGCUUGGAAAGUGUGGUCUUGUUCGGGAACUAGCCUUCGGCACGUCCAAAGAGGAGAUGCUAGUGAUCGAGGAGUGCAGCAACUCCCGCGCAGUCACCGUGCUCAUGCGCGGCGGCAACCGGAUGAUCGUCGAGGAGGCCAAACGUUCCGUACAUGACGCUCUAUGCAUCGUGCGCAGUUUAGUGCAGGAUUCCCGCGUGGUGUACGGCGGCGGCGCCGCCGAGAUCUCGUGCUCGCUGGCCGUCGCGCGCGCCGCCGAGAGCAUCUCUUCCUUGGACCAGUACUCGUUCCGCGGCUUCGCUGACGCGCUGGAAGCCGUCCCGCUCGCACUCGCAGAGAACAGCGGCCUGUCUCCCAUCGACGCGCUGUCGGAGGUGAAGGCGCGGCAGGUGGCCGACAAGAACGCCAACCUCGGCAUCGACUGCAUGGGAAAAGGUUCAAACGACAUGAAGGCCAUGAACGUGAUCGAGUCUCUGCACUCGAAGAAACAGCAGAUCGCGCUCGCCACCCAGCUCGUCAAGAUGAUCCUGAAAAUCGACGACGUCAGGUCGCCGGCCGACUCCAUCCAGUAAUCCCACUUCUGAACAACUAGGGUACAAGCCAAUCCCACUUCUGAACCACUAGGAUGGCAAACAGAUCCCACUCACAACCACUCGGAUCACAACUUCGACAAUUCAGAUGACUCAGAUCAUCUCGAAUAUAAAAUAAUGUAGUAUUGCAAUAAUACUGCUCGCGGCUCGCGGCGUAAUGUUUUACGUGUAAAAUUGCUCCUCUGUGUGAUGACUUCUUCAACGCAUUACAAUGUGAUGUCUAUGGUAGUGUUUAGAAGUUAAAAUAUGAGUGGGAUUUAAAUAUAUGUAAUGAUUGUUACUAACUAGUUGCCGCGGUUCAUGCGAGUCAUGACUGUCAUGAGUUUAUAUUCAAUGUUUAAAAACUCGCAUGGAAUGGUUGCGUAAGGGCUCAUUUAGACGGUGCGAGAACUCGCAUGCGAGUUUAAUUACAUUGCGGUAUUUGAUCGGUCGGCUGAAUUGGAUAUAACCUCAAUAGUCCGCAAUGAAACUAAAAUCGCAUGCGAGUUUGCGUGCCGUCUAAAUGAGCCCUAAUUAUCGGUAUAUUUUGUACGAUCUUCAGAUACCUGUUGAAGCAGGUUUAAUGCAAUUCAUAACCAUUCAGAACGCUAGAAUCGCCUCGUAAUGUUGCCUUUCUGUAUUAAUAUUUUUAUAUUGGUAAUACAUAUAUUUAUGCUGGUCAUUUUUUUUUUAAUUUUCGUGUGUUUAGAGUGGUAAAAUGUACAUUACAGUACCUUCUACAGUUGUCUAAUGAUGUGAGGACUUCAAGGUUUUCUCGAUGUUGACAUAAACAUGCUUAUUUUAGCAGUGUUAAAAUGGCUCAUUUUACAACUUUAAUGAAACGUUUGAUGUGUAUUCCAUCACACUUUUACCAAACAUGUCUCAAUUCACUAAUUCUUAUUUUAGGUUAUUCGAGUUCAGUAUGCUAGUUUAAGUUAUCGAUGCAUUUUAUUGAACGGGAUACGUGCGUAUCUCAAGCCUUAUUGCACUAAUAAAAAUAAUAAAAUUAA